GCUCACAUAUUCUGGCUUUGUAGAAGUCAGUGACUGCUUCACUAUCUCAAGUUGGAACAAAUUUUGAAAUGACCUUUGAUGACCUCAACAGUAAGACUAUGAAGAAUCAGCCUGAUCAGGAAUCACAUGAAGAAAAAGCUAAAGGUCUCCAUUUUCAUUCUCCUGGGAGGUGUUAUGCUGCUACAGUGACUCUAGGGAUCGUUGGCCUGGGAUUACUUGUCACAAUUCUAAUUCUGGUAGUGCAAUUAUACCAGGUGUCUGAUCUCCUAAAGCAACAGCAAGCAAACCUUACUUGCCAGGAAAAUAUGUCGGAGGGACAAUUUUUAGCCCAAAAGGGAGCAGAAAAAUCUUCCCAAGAAUCACAAAUGGAACUCAAAGAAAUGAUAGAAACUCUUUCACAGAAGCUGGAUGAGAAAUCAAAAAAACUAAUGAACUUGCAUCAACAGAACCUGAAUCUACAAGAAGCUUUGAAGAAAGCAGCAAACUAUUCAGGUCCUUGUCCCCAAGACUGGAUCUGGCAUGAAAAAAGCUGUUACUUGUUUUCCUCUGGUUCAUUUAAUUGGGAAACAAGUCAAGAGAACUGCUUGUCUUUGGGCGCCCAGCUGCUGAAAAUUAAUAGUACAGAAGAUUUGGAAUUCAUCUACCAAGCAAUUGCCCACUCUAGUUUUCCAUUCUGGAUGGGGUUGUCUCUGAGGACACCCAGCUCCUCCUGGCUCUGGGAGGAUGGUUCUCCAUUGUUGCCUCACCUGUUUAGACUCCGGGGAGCUGUUAACCAGAAGUAUCCUUCAGGCACCUGCGCAUAUGUACAGAGAAGGGCUGCUUUUGCUGACAACUGCAUUUUAAGUGCAUUUAGCAUCUGCCAGAAGAGGGCAAUUCUACUGCAAACACAGUGAGGCUGAAAGCUCUGGAAGGCAAGGAGAAGAAAGUGUUGACUGAGUUCUCUUUGGGAGCAUGUAGCUCUCCAUCACUUCAGGGAAAACCUUGAGGAUUCAAGAACUGCCUGUUAGUAGACGGCCACAGAUUCCCAGUGAAGAUGGGGCUUCCAGAAGCCUGACACUGUCAUAAGAAGCAUCUUGAUUCUGUGUUUAUGUAUGCUUUUUUCGCCUUUCCAGUUGUGAGUUUCCCUGCUGCACUUUGAUUCCUCUUUCCUUUGAAUUGCAAUGGCUUCCUUCUCUUUGCCCUGCCAGCAACCCUCUGCACACAGUGCUCUCUGUGCCACCUUCCCCCAACCUAUCUCAAACCACACAAUCAACAAGGAGAACUUCCCCAACUGCAGACAGAAAGCUCAAAAGAGGAAGUGAGGAUGUGGCACAAUGCACAUGCAAAAUAAAAAAGAGUAGAUCUAGAAAGUCCUGCUCUCAAUAUUAAAAGCUACCUCUUGUUGUCUAUUGAAUUGUGGUCCUUCUCCAAACUUCAUAAUAUUUUCAUUCCCCCUAUCUCUUAUACUCUCUCUCUCUCUCUCUCUCUCUCUUUCUCUCUCUCCCCCCACUCUCUCUCUCCCUGGUAUCAGGGGAGGCACUUGGAAUGUAAUUAAAAAUUUGAUGGUCUUUCCUUUGUGCUACAAUUAAUUAACAUUUUCUUAAGCAGAUAUUGUUCCUCCAUUGGUUUUCUACUAUAGGACAAUUUAUUUUUUGCUUGUUUUGGGGCCACACCUGGUGAUGUUCUGGGGUUAUUCCUGGCUCUGCACUCAGGACUUACCCCUGGUGGUGUUCUGGGGAUCAUACAGGAUGCUGGCGAUCAAUCCCAGUAGGUCAUGUGCAAGGCACGUGCCCUGCCUGCAACAUGUCUCUCUGGCCCCAAAGAACAGUUUCAAUCUUCAAAACAGUAGUUAUUAGACUCAUGGGGUUUAAGAGGAAAAUUAUUAAAAGUUUGUCCCUGACCAUCCAUUUCCUUUUGGAUGACCUCUUCUCAACUGUUACGCUGUGAAUUGAGGCAAAAAUACUAUAGACCAACAAUGAAGACACUUAAUUCCAGAAUAAACAGAGCCAGGUUAGGGAAUGCUGCUGUGUUUAGAAACAAGUGGAAUAUUGCAUCUAUUUUUAGUUCUUCUACUCCCAUUCUAUUUCCCUUCAAAGGCUAUUCUGUUCAAAAGGUAGCUUUUCUAUUUUGUUAUGUAUAAUUCAGCACCAUUCUAUCAAAAGGAAAUAGAAAAAGACUCAUGACUAGGACAAGAGAUAUUUUCUUUUAUAGACAGUUUUGCCGAGACUAUUUACAUACAACAAAUUAAAACUAUUUGAAGUACACAGCUGAUGUUUUCAUAUAUGUAAACACGUCCCCUUGAAAUUGUAAUAAUUCAGAUAACAAUACACUGCUGCGCCCAAAAGUUUCAUCAUGUCCCUCCCCUUUGCUUCCCGUCUAAUUAACAGAGUUUUCUUCCAGUUCUCAAUUGUGGCAUUCACACAGCACCCUUUUGUGAGUUUCUUUUUCUUAGCAUUGGUAUUUGGGCACCCAUCCAUCUUGUUGCUCGUAUCACUUUUUCAUUCUUCUAAAAGGUUGCAGAUUAUGUUGUUGUUAGGUUAUGCCACCAUUUGCUUAUCCAUUUAUUGUUGAUGACUUUGGGUUGUCCUCAGUUUUUGGCUAUUGAAACAGUUUGAAGAUUUAUUAUCAUUCUUUGUAUGAACAGAGAUCUCUCUCCCUUUGUAUAAACACAGCUUUAUCUCUGAUGUAUUCGGUGGGUGUGUGUCUACCUAUUUAAGAAACUGUCAAUCUGUUUUCCAAAGACAUAUACCAUAUUUUUCUUCUAACAGCGUGUACAAAUGUUCCAAUUUCAUCUCCUUGUUAUCUUUACUUUGUAUGGUCAACAUUGUAAAUUGAGUCAUUUUAUUGUGUUAGUGGUAUAUCAUUGUAGUAUAUCAUUGUAAUUUGAAUUUCCUAA